AUGGCCGACGUAGAAAUGGAAAUCGACAACCCCCCCUCCCCCUCCGCCGUCGAGGGAGGACCCGACGGUGGUGCCGCACCGGCGCGCAACGAGUCCGAGAUGCAGACCCACGGCCGGGCGACCGCCGUCCGCUCCAUCGAGGGCUGGAUCGUCAUGGUCACAAACGUCCACGAGGAGGCCGACGAGGAGUCCAUUCAGGACAUGUUUGGCGAGUACGGCGAGAUCAAGAACCUGCACCUCAAUCUCGACCGGAGAAGCGGUUACGUCAAGGGCUACGCCCUCAUCGAAUACGCAACACUCGCCGAAGCCCGCGCCGCAAUCGACUCGGCCCACGAGACAAAACUCCUCGACCAGACCGUGUACGUCGACUUUGCCUUUGUCCGCCCCCCUCCCGGCGGCAAGGGAGGCAACAACAACAAUAACAACAACCGCGGUGGCGGCGGCGGCGGCGGCGCGAGGCCCCAGAACCGCGGUCGCGGACGCAGCCGCAGCCGCAGCGUCGAGAGGGAGGUUGUCGCUGCUAAAGACAGCGGCGAUAUCGAAUGA